GUUGAGGAUGAGUAAUUACUGGAUCCGCUCGUUUUCUUCCUUCGCGUACUUAGUUUAGUACAAUGGAAACCUUUUUUUUACUUUUUUUAGGAAUCGUUUCAACAAACGAGAUAUUUCACAAUUGACAUGAGACCCAAGACUUAACCUAAUAAGUAUUUUAUUGGAUUGGAAACUUCAAGUAAGAAAUUUCAAAACUAUCAAAUUAAAUUACUAGAUUUAAUCUACUCCCAUUAAAAAAAAAAUGGAAAUAAAAUUUAUAUAAUAAAAAUAAAAAGAAAUCGAUCAAAAAAGGGACGACGAAGUGAUACAAAAAGAACUCUGUUCUUUGUUAGUCCUAUCUAUAAAAGGAGAGCAUAUGAAAAAUGUAACCGAUUCUUUCCUUUCCUUGGGUCACUGGCCAUCCGCCGGGAGUUUCGGGUUUAAUACCGAUAUUUUAGCAACAAAUCCAAUAAAUCUAAGUGUAGUGCUUGGUGUAUUAAUUUUUUUUGGAAAGGGAGUGUUAAAUGAUUUAUUAGAUAAUCGAAAACAGAGGAUCUUGAGUACUAUUCGAAAUUCGGAAGAAUUACGUAGAGGGGCCAUUGAGCAGCUCGAAAGAGCCAGGACUCGCUUACGGAAAGUGGAAAUAGAAGCAGAUGAAUAUCGAAUGAAUGGAUACUCUGAGAUAGAACGAGAAAAAGAAAAUUUGAUUAAUGCCACUUGUGACACUUUGGAACGAUUAGAAAAUUACAAAAAUGAAACCCUUCAUUUUGAACAACAAAGAGCGAUUAAUCAGGUCCGACAACGAGUUUUUCAACAAGCCUUACAAGGAGCUCUAGGCACUCUGAAUAGUUGUUUGAAUAGUGAGUUACAUUUCCGUACGAUCCGUGCUAAUAUUGGCAUUCUAGGGGCCGUGGGAGAAAUAACAGAUUAGCCCUUUUACUUUUACUUUAGUUUAGAGUUUAGGCAUUAUUUUUUCCCUUUGCUUCCGAAAAAGAAUAAAAAAAAAAACACUAAUGGUAACCCUUCGAGCCGACGAAAUUAGUAAUAUUAUCCGUGAACGUAUUGAACAAUAUAAUAGAGAAGUAAAGAUUGUGAAUACCGGUACCGUACUUCAAGUGGGCGAUGGCAUUGCUCGUAUUCAUGGUCUUGAUGAAGUAAUGGCAGGUGAAUUAGUAGAAUUUGAAGAGGGUACAAUAGGAAUUGCUCUGAAUUUGGAAUCAAAUAAUGUUGGCGUUGUAUUAAUGGGUGAUGGUUUGAUGAUACAAGAAGGAAGUUCUGUAAAAGCAACAGGAAGAAUUGCUCAGAUACCUGUGAGUGAGGCUUAUUUGGGUCGUGUUAUAAAUGCUCUGGCUAAACCUAUUGAUGGGAGAGGUGAAAUUUCAGCUUCUGAAUCUCGGUUAAUUGAAUCUCCUGCCCCAGGUAUUAUUUCGAGACGUUCUGUAUAUGAACCUCUUCAAACGGGGCUUAUUGCUAUCGAUUCGAUGAUCCCUAUAGGACGCGGUCAGCGAGAAUUAAUUAUUGGGGACAGACAGACUGGAAAAACAGCAGUAGCUACAGAUACGAUUCUUAACCAAAAAGGGCAAAAUGUGAUAUGUGUUUAUGUAGCUAUUGGUCAAAAAGCAUCUUCUGUGGCUCAGGUAGUGACUACUUUUCAGGAACGAGGGGCGAUGGAAUACACCAUUGUGGUAGCCGAAACGGCGGAUUCACCUGCUACAUUACAAUACCUCGCUCCUUAUACGGGAGCGGCUCUGGCUGAAUAUUUUAUGUAUCGUGAACGACAUACUUUAAUAAUUUAUGAUGAUCUCUCCAAGCAGGCACAAGCUUAUCGCCAAAUGUCUCUUCUAUUAAGAAGACCCCCUGGUCGUGAAGCUUAUCCAGGAGAUGUUUUUUAUUUGCAUUCGCGCCUUUUGGAAAGAGCCGCUAAAUCAAAUUCUCGUUUAGGUGAAGGGAGUAUGACUGCUUUACCAAUAGUUGAGACUCAAUCUGGAGACGUUUCAGCUUAUAUUCCUACUAAUGUAAUUUCCAUUACAGAUGGACAAAUAUUCUUAUCCGCCGAUCUAUUCAAUGCUGGAAUCCGACCCGCUAUUAAUGUGGGUAUUUCUGUUUCCAGAGUAGGAUCCGCAGCUCAAAUUAAAGCCAUGAAACAAGUAGCUGGCAAAUCAAAAUUGGAACUAGCGCAAUUCGCGGAGUUAGAAGCCUUUGCACAAUUUGCUUCUGAUCUCGAUAAAGCUACUCAGAAUCAAUUGGCAAGAGGUCAACGAUUACGUGAGUUGCUUAAACAAUCCCAAUCAGACCCUCUCACGGUGGAAGAACAGAUAGUUACUAUUUAUACCGGAGCGAAUGGAUAUCUUGAUCCGUUAGAAAUUGGACAGGUAAAGAAAUUUCUCGUUCAGUUACGUACCUACUUAAAAAAGAAUAAACCUCAAUUCCAAGAAAUUAUAUCUUCUACCAAGACAUUCACCGAGCAAGCAGAAGCCCUUUUGAGGGAAGCUAUUCAGGAACAGAUCGAACUGUUUUUACUUCAGGAACAAACAUCAACUUCUCCCUCUUAUUCUUAGUACAAGAAUACUCAUUGAGAAAUAUUUCUGAUUUGAAUCAUUCAAAAAAGGUUUCUUGGUAUAGUCAUUUAAAAAAAUAGAUGGAAAUAAAUUGCGUCCAAUAGGAUUUGAACCUAUACCAAAGGUUUAGAAGACCUCUGUCCUAUCCAUUAGACAAUGGACGCGUUUCGUUCCUAUUUUCUUCUUUCGUAUUCUUCCUUUCUCUU